AUGUCCGAGGAGGUGUCCUUACGCACCCAAUGGGCAGCUCACAAAACUGUAGUCAGGGGGGUGCUAAUUCAAAUCGGGUCGCGUAAAAAACGGAAAACAGACGAAGAAACGAGGCGGAUAACACACGAACUCACAGAGGUUGAUAAACUUAAUAAGAGUAACCCAUCCACUAAAUUAGCUAAAAAAGUCGCUCGCCUACAGAGAGACUUAAACGCCUUAUCUUUACAAACGAUUGAACGGAGAAUGAGAGCCCUUAAGUCGACAUACUACACACAAGGCAAUAGAGCGGGUAAAUUAUUGGCCAAUAAGUUAAAAGCCCAACGUCUUCAAUCGAAAAUCCCCUAUAUCGAAUCCCCGCAGGCGUCUAAAUUAUACAACCCCACCGAUAUUGUAAAUGCGUUAGCGUCCUUCUACUCCAACUUAUACAAUCUGAAAAAUGACUCCUCAGUGCCUCAGCCGACGCAUGCAGUCAUAGAUGAGUUUCUUCAUCAG